GGAAGCGCGAGAAACCGCAUCAAAAACAGAAACUGGGCUAUAUCAAGUCAGAGCGAGAUUAGCGUUGCCUUAAUGUGUCUGCAUGUAAACGUUACGCGUCCUAACGUCCCAAACUGAAAGUGAAGGAAGUGACUCCCACAACCCCAUAUCCUGUGACACGAUGCAGUUUCGCUUUUAUAUGUGUGCUCUCAUCAUCUAUAGUGGGUUAACCCUUUCCAUGCCAACCAGAAGUGGAACGGUGCCAGAGUCCGGCAACAAUACCCCGCCAUUGCUUCUAGUGUCAUUUGAUGGUUUUCGGGCAGACUAUCUGAAAAAGUACUCAUUACCCAAUCUUGAAAAGUUCUUCUCCGAUGGCAUCCUUGUACACGAGCUAACCAAUGUCUUUACGACGAAAACCUUUCCCAAUCAUUACAGUCUCGUCACGGGACUGUACGCGGAGAGCCAUGGGAUACUUGCCAGUAUGAUGUACGACCCCGUGACGGAAAAGCAUUUCUCUAUUGAAAAUGGCAGCGAUCCAUUCUGGUGGGACAAAGCCACACCGAUUUGGGUCUCUGUAGAGGAGUCCGGUUACAAAGCAGCAUCCGCUAUGUGGCCAGGAACAAAUGUGAAUAUUCAAAACCACACAUUAAAAUACAAAUUUAAAUAUGACUCAAGGGUGACCUUCCAAGAGAGGCUGGGAAACUUGACGAAGUGGAUGACUGAGGACAAAUCGGUUAAGUUUGCCUCUUUAUACUGGGAAGAACCUGACCGGACGGGCCACCAUUAUGGCCCUGAUAACACAACAGAGAUGGCUCGGGUUCUGAAGGAAGUGGACAGUCUUGUAGGUUUACUGAUGGGGCAGCUCAACAAAACGGGAUUAUGGGGGAAAAUAAACAUUAUCAUUACUAGUGAUCAUGGUAUGACUCAAUGUUCACAAGAGAGACUCAUUAAACUGGACGAUUGCAUCAGUCCCAGCAGCUAUACCAUAGUGGACCUCACUCCUGUGGGCGCCAUAAUUCCACUGGCAGAUUGUUUGACUGUGUACAAAAACUUGUCCAGCUGCCACGGUCACAUGAAGGUUUACCUGAAGGACACUGUUCCUGAUAGGCUGCAUUAUAAAAACAACGAACGGAUUCAGCCAAUCAUCUUGGUAGCGGAUGAAGGCUGGACAAUCGUCAGAAAUGGUGGACUCCCACGAUUGGGUGAUCAUGGCUAUGACAAUACCCUUCCAAACAUGCACCCUUUCCUGGCCGCCCAGGGGCCUGCCUUCCGCAAAGGCUAUAAGAUGUCGAGCAUCAACAGUGUGGAUCUCUAUCCUCUCAUGUGCCACCUCAUCGGCAUUCCCCCAAUGCCAAACAACGGCAGCUUCGCUCACGUGCGCUGUGCAUUAAUUAACGAGCAGUGUGGCGAGCUAGCGCUAGCGGUGGGUAUCGUGCUCGGUGUCUUAAUAAUCCUGACCACUUUUACGUGUCUAUUUAAGCUCAUGAAGAACAGAAAUAUUUCGUCUCCACGUCCAUUCGCCCGUUUGGAGUUGGAUGACGAUGCGGAUGAUGAACCUUUACUUGAAUGAACUGCGACGUGCAUGUUUUAAAAUGCUUUUUUAAUGGUUUUAAAAUGAAGGGAAUUGUAAUUGAUUCAAGCACAUGCACAACGUUAAAGGGAUAGCUCACCCAAAAACGUAAUCUUUUACUCACCCUUACAGUAUUUUGUUGACUCUUUCUUCUGUGGAACAUGAAAGAUGUUUUGACUAGGGAUGCACCGAUAUUAACGUUUCCGAUACCGAUAUUUCGCCACCUAACUCACCUUAUUUGGUUUAAAGGAAUUAUGCUUUUUAAUGUACAAAAUGGUGCAACAGCUAUUUUAUUGUUCGACCAAUCAAUUUCAUUGUACAUGUUUUGGAUCUGGCAUGCCAACAUUUUGAGAGAGCUACAAUUAAAAACAUAAAAAUACAAAUAAAUUUAAAUAUUUUAAAAAGUAUGAUAACAUGUUGGUUGAUGUGGGGGAAAUUCUGUACUUCUGUUUUUGAAAUUCAUAUUGUGCACAUUUGUAAUACUUAAUGUUUUAUUCAGAUUUUAUUUGUCUUGAUAGGUAUUGCUUUAUAUUGCACACUUUAUUCAAGUUAAUACUAGGAAUUCACCAAUGUAUUAAUUAAAACCAUUCAACAUAUCGGCUAUAAGCAUGAAAAUGCAGAUAUGAAAAACCGAUUGUUUAUUUUUAAUUAAUUAGUAAAACACUUUGUAAAAACUCUGAGUUUAAAUGCACAAUCCAGAAAUAAUAAUAGCCACAAUAUCUAGAAGAGUUGACACUCCUAUUAGCAUGUAACAUUUAAUUUUUAUUAUUUUUCGUUCUCACGUUAAUACUAAAAUAAAUGGACAUAACAGUUGUGAAAGCAGCACUUAUCUACAGGCUACAAGAUUAGGGAAACCAUUAAAAAGGCUUUGAAACUAGCAGACUUUGACUUCUGAGACAAUGGUAUGAUAUCCAUUAAUGCUGCAUGAUUGAUUGAAUUAAGAUUGAAAUCACAACAUGGCCUUACGCGAUUACUAAAUCCUAAAAGUUUCUGCAUUCAGCACUUCAGUCAGCGCUCUGUGAGCAAGCGGCGCCCUCUAAUGGUCUGGACCAUUAUCCAUUGUCCAUUAUACUACUAUAAUACAGAUUUUAAAAGGGGGUUUUGUUCCUUUGGUGUAAACCUUUUAUUUUUCUAUGAUGUGGUUGACAUUUCAUGGAAUUGCCCAACAUAUGUAUAAUAUAAGGGCAAAAAUAUUAUAGAAAUACUAAAUAACCUUUUUUCCUUACAAACAUCAUGUUAUCAUAAUUUGUGUGUGUGUGUGUAUGUAUGUAUGUAUGUAUGUAUGUAUGUAUAUAUAUAUAUAUAUAUAUAUAUAUAUAUAUAUAUUUGUUUUUUAUAUGUAUCAUUGUUGCUCUCUUCAAAAGUGGUGCAUGUCAUGUGUUCAAAAGAUCCAAUUGAAGUUCAGAGGGAAUUAUUUAUUGUUAGCAAAGUGAAAAAGCUUUUGUACCUCUUUGUUCAUUUUUGAAGCAUAAUUCCAAGUAAAACAGUGAUCUAAUGAUAAAAUAAGGUAAGUGGAAAAAAUAUUGGUAUCGGCCUGUUUUUUAUUUAUUUUAUUUUUUUUCUCAAAUUGUUAUUAGCCAAAAAUGUUCAUAAAGGUGCAUCCCUAGUUCAUACUUUAUACAAUUUACAAAAUUUAUACAACGCAAUAAAUUGACGUAAUUCAUUAUGAAUAAACUAUCAGUUUUUCAUGCUUAUAACAGAUAUGCUAAUGGUUUUAAUUUGGUCAGUAAUAAAUUUCAGUGGCCGAUACAUCAGUGUGCAUCCCUAGUUUUGAAGAUGCUAUCGAGGUCCAAAAAAACAUCAUAAAAAUGCAAUUAAAUUAGUCCACUAUUUUUUAAGUCAUAUGAAGCCAUACAAUAAUUUUGUGACAAAAAGACCUAAAUUUAAGUCCUCUUUCAUUUUUGUCUGUUUCUCAUAUAAAGCUAGUUAUAUAGUUGGCAUGCACAGUAAAUUCUCUCUCAUUAUAUGGAAAAGAGCAGCGUUAACACUCUUUAAAAAGUCGUCUUUUGUUUUCCACAGAAAAAAAAUUAAGUCCUACAUCUUUCAAAUUGCUCAACUGAGGUUGAAGACUGAAUUUACAUUUUUGGAUGAAUUAUUCCUUCAGAUGCUCAAAAUGAGGCAUAGAUGACAAUCAAUAGAACUUAUACACCGUUAUAGAGUCAGUACAAUACUUACAGUAAUGCACAGUAAUGAUUCGUCAUCGUUAUUACAAUGUGACACAUCUAGCUGCUUUCAUUUUCAAACACGCUAAAUGUCGAUAAAAUGUCCCUCUGAUGUCCAUGUCCUAUAUUAGCAACAGCUAUGCAUCUAGAAAAACAUUCAAACUUUUAGUUUUAAAGUUCGUUGUCCUUCGGUCUUAAACACAAAAUUAGUUGAAUACAAAACAUCACUAAUAAUUAAAUAGAUAUAUAUUGUUUAGUAAGGAUUGCGCUAUGAAAUACAGUAAUUUUCUAAAUAAUGUGACAUGCUAUUCCACAAGCAUGCUGAUGUCUCUUUUUCACCCAUAUAGCGAUCGUUUGAAAUGGCAUUAUUUUGCUUAUUGGCAAAAGAAAUGUCUUUCAAUAUGUUGCUUCGCAUUCAUAACGAUGCAAAAUGUUACUGAAGUAUGCCGUGCUUUAUAUGCUUCAUACAAUCCAAAGAGGAAGAAUGCAGGAAAUAAUUAUAACUGGCUUUUCUGUUUUGUUCUAGUUGUUUUUUUAUUUGUUAUUGCACAGAAUAGCUACUUGAAAAUAAAACUGUCGCUAUUAUUUAUUAAAUCGCAUCCUACAUCUGUUUUCACAGCCAUGUAAUGCACAAGUUCAGUUUUGAUUAUUUAUUUAGUUAUUUCCAAUAGAAGCACAUUUAAAUACAAUGCAACUAUAUAUGCAUUUUGUUAGUAUGUUUGACCUUUGCUUUGUGUGUACAGAAAUAAUCAAUCUCACGUGUAUUUUUUGUCUGUAAUAGGAUUUUUUUUAUGAUUGCAUAAAGAAUAAGGAACCUUUGUUGAACCUUUCUCAGACUGUCGUAUGGAUACAUGAACUGUAAAGUUUGUUAUAUUUGCUUGUUGCACUGUAAUCUAUACAGUAGGGUUCAAAGUCUUUUCACAGGAAAAUGAAACCAUGCUGCUGCUUUUAGGAUGAGUUUUAUGCUCCGUAACCGAUGUAUAUUUAAAGGAAUUUUAUUUUUCUAUUUAGUCAGUGGUGGGUGUGCUUAUAUAAGUGGAAAAUAACAAAAGGCUUUUGUUUGUUCACUUUUUAAUUUCAUUAUUUCCAUUGUUGGCUUGUAAAUAUAUUUCUUGCAUUGCACUUGUUUUAUUGUAUGUAGUUUACGGUCAAAACAAUAUUUGAGCCUGUUUUGAGAUUUACACAUUUCAAUUUCAUGACAAAGUUCCAUUAAAUUGAACAAAGAUGUAUUUCGUUUUCUUAAUUUGUUUACAUUUUGGUGACUGUAAAGGGAUUAAUGGAAAGGAGGUGGCGAGAACCGACUUGACAAUAUAAAUAAUAUUUUAAUGAAGAACGUAAAUGAAAAGACAAACACACAAAGGUGUCGGACAGCUGCCCAUAAAUCUCUCUCUCUGUCCCACUGCAGUCUCCAGUUGGUCUUUAUCCCUCUCUGAGGCUUGAUUAGCCUGAUUAGGGGCCGGGUGUGCAGCAUCACGACCCGGCCCCACCCUCCGCCCUGCCACAUUCCUCCCUCGUUCUCUCAGGCCACCCCAUCUAUCCCUGGCGGGCUUGCCGUCCGACCCGUCUGCCGGCAGGUCAUUUUCGCUUUCCUGAAUCCGGGAGGGGACAGGGAAACAACAAUAAUUCCUCCUAUAAUAAUUACUAAAGCGAGUAAACAAUAAUUACUCCCUGUAACAGUUCAGUACCCCCUAAAAACCAAAGUAAAAUUUAAAAGAGACGGAAAGGCCAACGCGUAGCGGCAGCGGGAGAGAUAGAGAAGAAGAAAAAAACACUUACUCGCCGGUUAUCUGAUACUCCGUAACUUGGUCCUCGGCCACUCCUCCACCCUCUAGCGGACGACAGCCGCACCUCCCCGGGCAUUUUUGGUGGAUGGUAGGGGUCUCCCCCACCCCUGGCAGCAGUUGGUUGGGAACCCUCCUCCCUUCGCGGUCGGCAGUCUUUCCUCCGCUUCAAGGCGGCUGGGCUCCUCCAUCCUCCGGCUGAUGGCCGCGGCUGGUCCUUUCGGGUGUUAAUGGUAGCGGCGAGAACUCCACCAAGGCGCAUCCCUCCUCCUUCCCGAAUUUCGGCACCAGUGUAACUGGAUUAAUGGAAAGGAGGAGGCGAGAACCGGCUUGACGAUAUAAAUAAUAUUUUAAUGAAGAAAUUAAAUGAAAAGACAAACACACAAAGGUGUCGGACAGCUGUCCGUAAAUCUCUCUCUCUGUCCCACUGCAGCCUCCAGUCGGCCUUGAUCCCUCUCUGAUGCUUGACUAGCCCGAUUGGGGGCGGGGUAUGCAGCAUCACGACACCGGCCCCGCCCUCCGCCCUGUCACAGUGACAUGUUAUGAAAUUGAAAUGCAUCUUAAAUCUUAAAAAUGUUUGUGUAGUUACUGAAAUCAUCCUCGCUUGUGCAGUAUUUAUCUAUGACAGGUUUGUGGUCUUUUGUUCACGGCUUUCUAAAUCUUCAUUCAACUAUGCAAAAUUAAGCAAGAAAUGUAGAACCUAUUAUUUCUCAGAAAUACGUUGGCUACUGAUAUUUGGCAGCUCAAUAUCAAAUAAAAUAUCUAUAUCAGAUAAUUAAAGAAUGGUUUCUGUAUUGUGACUUUGGUCUUGUGAAUAAUAAAUAAA